UAAUUCAUUAAUUAAUUAAAGAUUUGAGAAGCCAAGCGAUGGAUUCGAGGAUUGUAAUGAACCCAAAUCUGCUUCCCCGUCCUCCUGCAAUCAAUGAAUCCGCUACUUCGGCUUCUGAAGCUGCUCCGUCCUGUGACGUCGUGGACACUUUACCUGGAUAUGAAGAUCUGGCCGUUCCUUCUGACAAUAAAAUAUUCUGUCCUCCUCCAACGUAUUCGGCCCUACCGCCUGUCGAGCCAUUGAUGGAAAACUUCAACUGGACAAUGCCGUCCAUCUCCGAAGAUGUCGCAAAGCAAGCAUUUAUUGAAUAUGCCUCCAAAAAGUGCUGCUAUGCGACUGCUCCAGCAAAAAACCUGAUCCUUAAAGACCUCAAAGCCUUCAACACCUACAGGGCAUGUACCUCUCUUCUAGUUUCGUGUUUUACUGCCUGGAAACCUUCACGGAGUCACGGACGUGGAAAUGGAAAUCUGUGCCAUAUACCGGUGGUGGACUCUCCAGAUAACGGGCCAGUUCCUGAUGCCAGGGAUGUACAAGUGGUUCCUCCAGUUCUUUUUAAGAAAAAUAAGGUCAAGAUACCUAUUCCUCACACAUCUAUAGUAAAGACUUGUGAACAAUGCUCUGGAAGACGCAGGCAGAUAUGUCUAAGCUGUUUUGGGAGUGGACGUGUGUUUUGUGGUGGAUGUGGUGGAUCUGGAAGAAAUUUUCAGAGUGAGAGAUGUUUGGUCUGUGCUGGAUCAGGCAGAUCGACCUGUUUUGGAUGUGGUGGAAGUGGUUCCAUCAUCUGUUUAAAGUGUGCUGGUCAAGGGAAGGUAAUGAACUACAAAGAACUGACUGUUAAAUGGAGGAAUAAUGAUUUUGAAUUUGUGGCUGAUCAUAAUUCAGAAUUUCCUACAAAACGUUUCAAGAAGGUGACCGGAAAAAAAGUUUUUUCAGAUGAACAAGUAUUGUUGGCGCCUGUGGUGAAUUUCCCGGUGUCUGCCAUUAGCCAGGCUUCACAAACUGCUUUGCAACAACAUAAAGAUCAAUUCUCUUCUUCCGGCCGCAUUUUAAGACAGAGACACACCAUUGAAUGGUUGCCUCUCACCAAGGUGGAUUACGUUUGGAAAGAGAAAGAAUUCAGCUACUUUGUGUAUGGACAAGAAAACAAGGUCUAUACAAACAACUAUCCUCAAAAGUGCUGCUGCGUACUCCAAUAGAUGGACCCCAUACUGGAUACUUUGACGAACGAUGUAAUUAACUACGUAAAUGUAGAUUAUUCUAAAAGCAGUAUCGCAAUGUAUAUUUUAUGAUGAUUAUGUUAAUGUUUGAUAUUUGCACAAUUAAAAUGUUUGAUUUUUAAAUAUUAAUGCAUGUUGGUACAUGACAGGUUAUGGUUUCAAUGAGCAGUCAUGUUGGAUGUAAAUGUCUGUCUACCACUUGGAAUGGAAAGGGAGCAGCCCAGAAAAAGUGAUAAAAAGCAAUUGGUUCAUAUUUAGCCAA